GGUAAAAGUUGUGCCGGUGCAGCAAGUUCAAGUGCCCCUCCCCGUCCGUUCAAGUGAUUGUUAGAAACUGUUUCUCUAGAAGAAGAAAUUAGAGAUGACUGACAAGUACAAACAAACAAAUACCAAUGGAUUACCGAACCGGAAUCUCAACGUGGCCGUCGUUGGGGGUGGACUGGUCGGUUCCCUGCUAGCGAUACAUCUCGGCAAAAAAGGACACACGGUAGACCUGUACGAGUACAGAGAAGACAUCCGCACCGCCGAGCUGGUCAUCGGUCGCAGUAUCAACUUGGCGCUGUCGGCCCGGGGCCGCAAAGCCCUGGCCGAGGUGGGCCUGGAGGACGCCCUCCUGCAGCAUGGCAUUCCGAUGAAGGGACGCAUGUUACACGAUCUGAAGGGAAACCGUAAGAUUGUCCCCUACGAUGCCAACACGAACCAGUGCAUCUACUCGGUCGGGCGAAAGCAUCUGAACGAGGUGCUUCUCGAUGCUGCGGAAAAGUACCCGAAUAUCAGCCUUCACUUCAACAAAAAACUAAAUUCGGCCAAUCUGGAUGAAGGUGAAAUGAGUUUUAUUGACCCAGCGACGAAGGAAACUACCAGCACUAAAGCCGACCUGAUCGUGGGUUGCGAUGGAGCGUACAGUGCAGUUCGCAAGGAGAUCGUCAAACGUCCGGGGUACGACUUUAGCCAGACCUACAUCGAGCACGGUUACCUGGAGCUGUGCAUUCCACCGACCAGGGACGGAGAGUUUGCAAUGCCACACAACUUUCUGCACAUUUGGCCCCGGGGCAAGUUUAUGAUGAUUGCCCUGCCAAACCAGGAUCGCACCUGGACGGUGACGCUGUUCAUGCCGUUUACCAACUUUACCAGUAUUAAGUGCGAAGGGGACCUGCUACAGUUCUUCAAAACCUACUUCCCGGACGCGAUCGAUCUGAUCGGACGGGAACGGUUGAUUAAGGAUUUCUUCAAGAUCAAGCCACAGCCGUUGGUGAUGAUCAAGUGCAAGCCGUACAAUGUGGGUGGAAAGGCGGUGAUCAUCGGAGAUGCAGCCCACGCGAUGGUUCCCUUCUACGGGCAGGGAAUGAACGCUGGCUUCGAGGACUGUACGGUGUUGACGGAGCUGUUCAAUAAACAUGGAAGCGAUACCGAUCGGAUACUGGCCGAGUAUAGUGAGACACGGUGGGACGAUGCGCAUGCGAUCUGCGACUUGGCUAUGUACAACUAUAUUGAGAUGAGGGACCUCGUAACCAAACGAUCCUAUUUAUUCCGAAAGAAGUUGGAUGAAUUCCUGUUCUGGUUGCUCCCAAACACCUGGGUUCCACUGUACAAUUCCGUAUCAUUCUCCCACAUGCACUACAGUAAAUGCAUUGCGAACCGCAAGUGGCAGGAUAAGAUCCUGACUCGCGUCUUAUACUGCUCCUCCAUCUUGACCAUUGCAGCUGCCGGGAUUGCUGGCUACAGACACGUAGAUCAGUUGCAGCAAUAUUCCAACUCACUCAUGGAGCUUCUCAAAUUGAAGUGAAACUACCGUCUUUUGAUUUAACAAAUUCUUAAUACAAUCAACGAUAUAUUUCCAGAACAAACAAAAAAUCAGUGAUGCAUUUACAAACCAUACAAUCACAUGUUGUAUUACUUUACUACAUAUAAUCUACAUGCUUUCAUGAUGACUAUAAAUAAAUGUGCAAGUGAGCGAG